GCUUCGCAUUGUAGAGUGAUGUGCAAGUCUGUGUGCUAAUUUUGAGUGGUGUAACACAGUUCUCGCGAUAGCCCAUCAUCAGUCUGUGCUGUGUUUCUGUCAGUGAGUAAAGCCAGAAAGGUUUCAAUGGAUCUGAAUAGUGCCAGCGGAGUUGUGCUUCAGGUUUUGACACAAGCAAGCAGCCAAGAUUCAACUGUCUUGAAACCAGCUGAGGAACAGCUCAAACAGUGGGAGAUACAGCCUGGUUUUUAUACUGUUCUUUUGAAUAUUUUCACAAAUCAUUCCUUGGAUGUUAAUGUUAGAUGGCUGGCUGUCUUGUAUUUUAAGAAUGGAAUUGAACGCUACUGGAGGAGGGUGGCACCACAUGCCCUUUCUGAGGACGAGAAAUCGACGUUGCGUGCAGGACUUAUCAGCAACUUCAAUGAGCCAGUAAAUCAGAUUGCUACACAGAUUGCAGUAUUAAUUGCUAAAGUUGCAAGACUUGAUUGUCCUAAGCAGUGGCCUGAACUUAUACCAGUUCUUAUAGAAUCUGUAAAAGUUCAAGAUGAACUUCGCCAGCACAGAGCGCUAUUAACCUUUUAUCAUGUUACCAAGACCUUGGCCUCUAAAAGGCUAGCAACAGACCGGAAGCUAUUUCAGGAUUUGGCAACACAGAUAUACAGCUUUGCCUGUUCUCUAUGGCAGCAUCACACUGACACCUUCCUGCAACAUGUGUGCUCUGGAGGGGAGCCUGCAGCUGUCAAUUUGCUUGAAAGGUCAAUGCUAUCACUAAAAGUGCUCAGGAAACUGACUGUUCAUGGUUUCUUGGAACCUCAUCAAAAUGAUGGAGUUAUGGAAUUUCUGCAUGCAGUGUUUGAGCGAUUAGGGCAAGUUUUACAAUGCAGUAGAAAUGUUGGAGCAGAACAUAUUUGUAGAGAGAGACUGGAAAAAAUGAUUGUACUUUUUACUAAAGUGCUUUUAGAUUUCCUGGAUCAGCAUCCAUUUUCGUUUAUCCCUUUAAUCCAGAAAUCACUGGAAUUCGCAAUUAGAUAUGUGUUCACAGAAGCUGGCGAUGGAAUUGUAUUUGAGCGUUUCAUUGUGCAGUGUAUGAGACUUAUUAAGAUGAUUGUUAAGAAUGAUUCUUACAAACCAUCGAAAAACUUUGAAGAAAGCAAACCAGAGACCAUCAGUGCUCAUCAAAUAAAAAUGUCCUUCUUUACUUAUUCAACUCUGACGGAAAUAUGUGGAAGACUGGUUACUCACUAUUUUCGUUUAAGUGAGGAAGAUCUUGCAAUGUGGGAAGAGGACCCUGAAGGCUUUGCUGUGGAAGAAAGUGGAGGGGAUUCUUGGAAGUACAGUUUAAGGCCUUGCUCUGAAGUCUUGUUCAUUGACAUUUUCCAUGAAUUCAGCAUGAUUCUUACCCCUGUGCUUUUGGAAAUGGUUCACACCCUUCAAGGGCAAUCACUUGUAGAAGAUCGGAAUGCUUUGCUUAUAAAAGAUACUGUUUAUAAUGCAGUAGGUCUUGCUGCUUAUGAAUUAUUUGACAGUGUGGACUUUGACGAGUGGUUUAAAAGUCAGCUACUUGGAGAACUACGAGUCAACCAUAACUGGUAUAAACCUCUUCGACGUAGGGUCAUUUGGCUCAUUGGGCAGUGGGUUCCUGUAAAAUUCAAACCUGAUUCAAGACCCUUGUUGUAUGAAGCAAUUCUUACUUUGUUGCAGGAUCAAGACCUAGUGGUUCGCAUUGAAACUGCAACUACACUGAAACUGACAGUAGAUGAUUUCGAAUUCAGAACAGAACAGUUUUUGCCAUAUCUAGAAUCCAUCUUCAGUCUGCUUUUCCGGCUUCUUCAAGAAGUUAAUGAAUGUGACACAAAGAUGCAAGUUCUUCAUGUCAUUUCAUGUGUCAUUGAAAGGGUUAAUAAUCAGAUACGUCCUUUUGUUGGAUGCCUGGUUCAGUAUUUGCCUCUUCUUUGGAAACAAAGUGAAGAACACAAUAUGCUAAGAUGUGCAAUCCUGACUACAUUAAUUCAACUCAUUAAGGGUUUAGGAGAAGAGAGCAACAAUUUGUAUGAUUUCUUACUUCCUAUAAUUCAGCUGAGCACAGAUGUUUCUCAACCACCACAUAUUUAUCUUUUAGAAGACGGCCUUGAAUUAUGGUUAGUGACCUUGGAAAACUGUGCAGCAAUAACUCCUGAAUUACUCCGCAUUUUUCAGAACAUGUACUCCCUUCUUGAACUUAGCUCUGAAAAUCUUCGCAUAUGCUUCAAGAUCAUCUGUGCCUAUGUUUUCUUUGAUUGCUCUGAAUUUUGGCAGAUGUAUGCAACUAACCUCUGCCAAUCCUUUUUGGAACUUCUUAAGGAUAUAACUAUGGAGGGGCAAGUUCACGUUUUAAAGGUUGUUGAGAAUGUUCUUCAGGUAAACCCGACUGUUGGUCCCCAGAUAUUUCAGAGCCUUCUUCCACCAGUCUGUAGGGGCAUUAUUGAAGGAGAGAGAUAUCCAGUCGUGAUGUCCACAUACCUUGGCAUCCUUGGCCGUGUGCUUUUACAAAAUACUACCUGCUUUACCUCUCUUCUAUAUCAGAUGUCACAAGAAUCUAAUCUAGAGGCUGACAAAGUUCUUGGAAAUUUGAUUGACAUGUGGGUGGAUCGAAUGGACAAUAUUACCCAACCAGAAAGGAGAAAGUUAUCAGCGUUAGCCAUGAUUUCUCUCCUACCUUCUGUUAAUAGUGUUAUCCAAGAUAAAUUCUGUGGAAUCAUUAAUAUCUGUGUGGAAAGUCUUCAUGAUGUUAUGACUGAAGAUCCAGAAACAAACACAUAUAAAGACUCUAUGUUGAUAUCCAGUUUUGAAGAGGCCCAAGUGACCGAGGAUGAAGAACCCCCAACUGAGCAGGAUAAGAGGAAGAGGAUGCUUGCGUUGAAAGACCCUGUGCAUACUGUGUCACUACAACCAUUUGUUUAUGAAAAGCUGAAAGCACAACAGGAAUUACUGGGAGAAGAAGGAUUCAGAUAUCUAAUGGAAACCGUAGACACUGAAAUAGUAACGCAGCUGCAAGAAUUUUUAAAGGAAUUCUAAAAAAGAGAGUCAGAAACAGUUUCUUAUCAGACAACUGGGUGAAAAAUACGUUUUGCAAUAAUAAAAUACAAUUUUGUGAAAGACUUUUUACUUGAGGAGCAAAAUGCUCAUGAAAUCAGAUAUUUGUUGUUUUCAGAUAAAAGCAACGUGGUACUAACUAUAACCAAACCUGGAGUAUAUAGCAGCAAAUCUGUCAUUCCAUAUCUAUUUCAUUAGAACAUUGUGGGAGCCACAUUUAUAAUAUUUCUUCUAACCAACUCAAUAUUUUUUGUAAUUUGUAGGAGAUUGUCACAUUUACAAUAGCUUUAUUUAUCAAAAUGACUUUAAUUGCCUAAUUAUCAUAUGACAAAACACUAUUUUUUAUUGGAAUCUUGAUAUAUUCUCAUUUAAUGGAAUUCUUCUAACAUUCUUUUUUUGUAGAAACAUUCCAAAGUUAUCUCCCAACCUGAAAUCAGAAUUAUUUGCUGAGUAUAUUUUCAAUAUUUUUAUUUUGUGAGAUCUUAGAACAAUGUACAUGUUAAAUAUUUUAUUGAAAAGGCAAAAUAUGCAUUGUUUACUUCAUAUAAUAUCUCAGAUAUUUUAAGUUUACAAUGCAAUGAACUUAGAUGCCAAAUAUGUCAUAAUGACUGUUGCAGUUCAAAUAUAUAGCUUAAAAUAUAUAUAUUCCAUUUAUUUAAUUUACAUGCAAUGAUAGCAUUUAAUGAACUGCUGAAUAUGGUUAGUAUAUAAAAUAAUGAAAGCUGCUAUGCUUGACAUUUCCAUAUUUGUACAUUGACCCCAUAUUUGUACACUAUAAAGUUAUCUUGUAUUGUGAGGAGGAAGUGUCCACAGCAUAUGGAAUACUGAUUUUGUAAUUCACCAUAAACUAGUACACUAGAAAUAUAUUAACAAUUUCAUACUGAAUAAAAUAAACUGAUUUCAAAAAUUGUUUUAAUAUUUGACAAGCCAUAGUGUUAAAGGGCUACUGAAUUGGACACAGCUUUAAAAACAGAGGCCAACAGUAGAAAUAUUUGAAAUGUGUUGAAAGUAAGAGUGAGUGCUGAAAAAUAAAAAAUAAAAGUACCUUUGAGAAAAA